CGGGGCGGCUCAGUCAGACCGCGAGUCUCGACUCUCGACUCUCGAGUCUUGGCGUGCCCAGCCCAGGUCGUGAACCCCAGUCCAGACGUCGCCGUCGUCGCCGCCCGAACCCGAUGGACAUCCGCCGCGGGCCGCCGCCGCCGCGCACCGCGUCGGGCGGGGUGGAGCCGCGGUUCCGCCAGGUGGGAUUCGUCACGGCCGCCGAGCCCGCGCGGGGGGCCGCCACGCCGGCGCCCGCGUCGCCCGCCGCGUCCGACGGCCUCUCCCCCGUCAUGAUCCCGCCCCCGCUCAUCCCCGUCCCCGUCCCCGUCCCUGUCGCGCCCGCUUCCGAGUCCCUCGCGCCUUCUUCCCCGCCCCCGGACUCCUCGUCUCGCCCCGACGCCGUCUCCGACCUUGACGACGACGACGACAUCGACGUGUCCUGGGCGCGCCCACCCCCGCCCGCCUUCCCAGAACCAAACAAGAGACACCUUACUGAAAGAAAGAAUGAGCAUGCUCCUCCGACUCCAGUUUCGCAGAAACCAAAGCUUUCUAAAGCAGAGAGACGUGCCAUUCAGGAGUCCCAGCGUGCUGCCAAAGCCGCUGCCAAGGAGGCAGGUUUGAAAUCAACAGCCAUGGCUUCUGAUGCUAACACCAAGCAACCCAAAACAGCAAAGAUAUCUCUGAAGAAAGAUGUCAACCAAGUUAACUCUCCAGUUGCUUCUGAUAAGAAGACUGGUGAACGACCGCCUGACAAAGAUAGAAAAAAAGAUGCUCCUCAACCCCGCAUGCAAUUUGACGAUACACAUCGGGUGGUGAAAGCAAAGAAGCGUUCAGUUGUUAGACAAUCAGAAGCUCAAAACAGGGUCGAACUGUUCAGACAUCUGCCUCAAUAUGCACAUGGCACUCAACUACCUGACCUUGAGUCAAAAUUUUUUCAACCUGAUCUGAUGCAUCCUUCUGUGUACAAGGUUGGACUUCAAUAUUUGUCUGGUGACAUAUCUGGUGGCAAUGCUCGCUGUAUAGCAAUGCUUCUUGCAUUCAGAGAGGCAAUAAAUGAUUACUCCAUGCCUUCUGAAAAAAUUCUGAAUAGAGAUCUUACUGCUAAAAUCAGUAGCUAUGUGUCAUUUCUCAUCGAGUGCAGACCACUUUCAAUCAGCAUGGGCAACGCAAUUAGAUUUUUGAAGAACAGGAUUACCAAGCUACCACUUGCAUUUUCAGAGUCAGAAGCUAAAGUUAGUCUUCAAUCUGAUAUUGAUCGCUUUAUAAAUGAGAAGAUAAUAGUUGCGGAUAAGGUCAUUGUUAGUCAUGCUGUCACAAAAAUCAGAGAUGGUGAUGUUCUAUUGACAUUUGGGUCAGCCUCUGUCGUUGAAAUGAUUUUUGAUAAUGCUCAUGAACUUGGAAAGAAAUUUCGUGUUGUGGUGGUCGACUCUCGUCCAAACCAUGAGGGACAAGGAUUGUUGCGCCGAUUAGUUGCAAAGGGUAUCAGUUGCACAUAUACACACAUAAAUGCUGUAUCUUACAUCAUGCAUGAGGUUACAAGAGUGUUUUUGGGUGCCUCUUCAGUACUAUCGAAUGGUACUGUCUACUCCAGAGUUGGGACAGCUUUGGUUGCGAUGGUUGCACAUGCUUUUGGAGUUCCUGUUCUAGUGUGUUGUGAAGCGUACAAGUUUCAUGAGAGGGUUCAACUCGAUUCUAUAUGCUUUAAUGAACUUGGUGACCCAGAUGCUAUUUCAAGAGUUCCUAGGGAUGAAAGUUUGAGCAAUCUCAAAAACUGGGCUGAGAAUGAAAAUCUUCAUCUUCUGAAUCUUAAGUAUGAUAUCACCCCUUCCGAUUAUGUUUCAAUGCUCAUAACAGAUUAUGGAAUGCUCCCACCUACUAGUGUACCAGUCAUUGUAAGAGAGUACCGGAGGGAGCACGUUUGGAUAUAGAAGCCACCGUUUUCCUUUCUGGUUUUGUUUGAGGCCACUGUUGGGCGUCCAUGCCCUGGACUGGACUGGAGCGUGGCUUGGCUGUUGGCUCGGCCCGGGGCCUCUGGCCCUCGGCUCACACUUGCUGCUCAGGCAGGCAGAGGAUCUUCAGCUGGAGCAGACGACGACGACGAAGACGAUGGCGACACGGUUGUUCUCUGGCUGUGUGAGGAGCUCUCAACCGCUUGCCCAAUAAAGUAUUGAAUCCUCAUUCUCAUCUGGUGUCUGUCAACUUGGCAGCAACCGUCGCUGUCAAUCUGGGGUCUUGUUAGCGUCCUAUCUCUGCCCAAGCUGCUGGGAGCAAGGACUGCCGCCACGGCAGCAGCGUCACCGUGUGUUAUUAAUCUAUACUACUCUAUUAAGUUAGUAA